AUUGCUUAUUCUUUGGCACUUCAGGGGCACUCCCUGGAAAUUACCCAGCAUUUCGUUGGCCAGAGUAUAGCCUAGACGCGAGAGAUACCGAGACUCGGCACCUAUCCCGCUGUAGAUCUUUCAUGAUAAGCUGAAAGAUCGCACUGUGGGUGAGCCCACUGUGCCCUCGUCAACAACAUUUCUCAGAGAUCAACCUGAGCAGCGACAACAACACCUACGGGAAACACUCACCCAGCGUUGCUGCUAUAGCCCUUUUGAAGACAAACGGCAUGAUGGAACUGGCAUGGCUUCCGGCACUGCCAGCUGUAACUGAGAAACAACUGUACAAGCUCUUUUACCUGCUCUGGGACCUGGGGUUCUGCCAGCCAUGUCUUGAGUCCAAUUUUGGCGCCGAUUGCCAUUCAAACCAGUGCCCAAGGCGGACAGCUCUCACGCAGUACAAUUCGUUUGUGGCAUACUACAAAAAGAUCUGCGCAUCAUACGAUCCUCCUGUAUCGUCUAGCGAGGCGGCGCUUCGGAGCCAUGACGACGUGGGCCGCAUUGUGGAAAUCCUGAGACGACACCCAGAAAAGCCCAAGGGUGACAUUCACAAACUCGCAUUUCCAACGCUGGGCGAUGCCCUCGACCAAGACAACGCCAUCAAUCUCGCCGUGAGCAUCUUUGCCAUGUCGAACUGCGGCUCGCAAGAGUCAUCGCCAAUCUUGCUUGAGGAAGGCUCCAAUAGGAUUACCUGGCGCGCCGGCAUCACUUUGUCGCAGUAUAUCGAGCUCGUCCUUCCAAGAUCCGAGGGAUUCGAGUCACGACAACAUUUUAGCCACUCCUUUCUCGACCCGAGCUGUCCCAUGGUCAUGGCCAAGGACCUGAAGCGCCUGGCUGGCACGAGCAUCUGCGGCACCGACGACAUUACCAAUCACCUACGUUACGACGUUACGAACAAUGUUCUCUUCAUCUUCCGGCAUGCGAGAAUCCUGAAAGAGCACCUGCGGCUGUCGAAAAACUGCGGGAACGAACCCUCUCUACUAGAUUGUCUGAAUGUUGGCGCGAUGCCGCGCCAAUAUGUGCUCGAGGUUCUGUACUCGACCCAGAAGAUUGUCUUCCCACUCUGGGAUUCGGACUCAGUCGGGCUCCUACAAUCGCUCGUGGUCAAUGCUGGCUUCGACAAGAGCAUACUGGACGGACAAGAUCAUGGCUUCAUCAGAGAUGAUGAAGAAAGGAUCGACUUUCAAUAUCUUUCGCUUAGGCUUUACGAUAUCUUCCAGGAAAUCCAGAAUCCUCGGCCUCGCGGCCGGCUGGCAAAAUGGCUAGACCGGCGGAGCGGAGCCAGAUAUGUGAUCCUAGCUACCAUUGCGGGAUUACUAUUCGCAGUGUUUCUAGGUAUAGCUAGUCUCACUGUAUCGUCCUAUCAGACAUACCUUGCGUAUCAAGCAUGGCGGCACCCGGCUGGCAUAAACUAAUCGCGCUGAGCUUGACAGGGUCAUUGUCCACCAUCUGGAAUGAGAGCGAAUGAUUCAGUCGUGGCUACUGUGUGUCAAAUACCUCCAAUGGUGGGUCAAAUACACCCUCCCUAUGUAUUUCUCUCACAACAUGAGAGAUAUCCUAGAAAAGUACGACACUGAGUUUGUGGGCGAGGCUACAAAGACGGGAGGCCAACACGCAGCGGUAGCUUCCUCAUAUUAUGUCUCUGACAGUGCCUGAAUUCCUAUCAGUCUGCCCAACAGCAGUUGUAGGCAUCCAAAAAUGGCCGGCCAUGAACAGGGGGCAAGAGCUUGACGGGAUCCCGUAUUUUCUAAG